UGGUGGAAUUUUUCAGCACAUAUAAAAUAUAUCGAGUCACAAGAGCAAGUUGUUACGCAGGAUUUAAAAGCAUCAACUGCAUUGUCGGUGACCACACAAAACAAACGUCAAACACUUGAUAAUAUCGUCAAUAAAACGAACAUUAAACUGGGAGGACUGAAUUAUUCGGUUCAUCUUGAGACUAACUGUGACCGAUGGCUGACGAAAACCGGACUUCUCAUUGUGGGUCUGGAUAUUGCGCACCCUUAUUUUGCUGUACCUAGAAAGGAUCGAAGCCGUGUUCCAUCAGUCAUUGGUUAUUCAGCAAACAUAAAAAAACAUCCAUUAGAUUUCAUUGGCGGAUAUCGCUACGGCAAGGCAGAGGUGGAAGAGCUGACAGACGAUACGAUACAACAGAUAUUCUCAGAUAUAUUGCGUUAUUUCAAUGCAAAUCGUGGGGAGCCGCCGAAGCAUUUGUUCGUUAUUCGGGAUGGCAUAUCCACUGGACAAUACAAAUAUGUGAUGAACACCGAAGUAGAGCAAAUCAAAAAGGCAUGCCAGAUGGUUGGCGGUCCUGGCUUCCGUCCUCACAUCACUUUCAUUGUACUCACAAAAAUGCACAGCUUGCGCAUUUAUAGAAAGAAUAUUCGUAAGCAGGAACGAGCAGUAGAACAAAACAUCAAACCAGGAACUAUUGUCGAUAAGCACGUGGUAAAUCCCGUCCUAAACGAAUUUUAUUUGAAUUCGCAUUCUGCAGCGCAGGGUACUACAAAAACGCCACGAUAUACAUUGUUGUUUGAUACUUCGGGAAUGGAGGCAGAUGUAAUGCAAGGUAUUGUGCACGCACUUGCAUACAAUUUCCAAAUUGUAAAUAUGGCUGUCUCACUUCCAUGUCCUGUGAUGAUAGCUGCGCGCAUGGCGAAACGUGGCCGUUGUAAUUACAUAGCUAUGUACGGUGAUGAGUCCGAAAAUUCCGAUAAUGGUAGUGGCGUUGAAAAAGAUUUGAUCGAAUUAAAUAAUCAACUAAGCUACAUUAGUAAACCGUUAGAGGCCGUACGAUUCAAUGCUUGAAUACCAUCAGAAUCAAUUACUGCACUUUUUCUUCUGUUUAUAUUAACCGAACUUUUAAAAAAUACUAACAUUUAAUGUUAUUGUUCCGCAUUUUCACUGAAUUUAUUUAGGAAUCACAUUUAAUCUCAGUAAAUCUCAAUAUUCCCAAUAAAUUUUCUUAGGCUCAGUAAAUCUCGGGAGACGCUUUUAUUCCGUUUUCAGUCAGCUCAGUUUGUUAUUUGUUGUUCAUUUAUGUCUUUCUUGCGACGUUGAUUAUGUCCACUCUUUUACUGUGCGCAUUUUGAUAAUUUUGAGAUACUAUACAUAUUUUGAUAAAAAUUUUGAUUUGCUGUAUAUUUUGAUAACAUUCCUCCACUUCUGGGAAUAUUUAACAAUUUCCAUCAUCAUGUUUGAUUUAACUGUUAUUGUUUUAUUUUGCGAUUUUGUUUUCUCGUCAAUAAAUUUUUUGCUGUUUUGUAAGAUUAUAUCAUGUCGUUUUCCCAGAUCGAAUAAAAGAUCUCUUUAUACUUACCUUUAUGAAAGUUCGC